AUGCAACUACCGUCCGCCAUCUUUCUCCCCCUCCUCCUUGCCUCUUCAAUUCCCGGCAGCGCCGCCGCGGCACACGGCCAUCACAAUCACCCCCACCCUGACCGAUCCGUCUUCCCCUGGUUGACAUGGCUUCGAGAUAGCGCCGUGCAGAUGGUCUUCGGCCGGCCCGCCUCCAAAGACUUCGAGCAAAAAAUACCAAACCUGGGCCGGAAAUAUCAGGAUGAGAUAAUUCUCCGCUUCAACAUCUCCACGGCCGAGGAAGAGGCGGCGUUGGCAGAGGCGACCGAGCGCCUGUUCCUGGAUAUAUGGUCGUGGGACGGCACAGUGGAUUUGAGGGUGCAGAAGAACUAUGUCAAGUCACUACUGGGGCUGCUGCCGCCGUCCCUGGGAAACUCGUACUGGGUCAUGGUCGACGACCUGCCAUCGGCCGUGUACGCCUCCUACCCUUCUCCACAAACGCCCAAGGAGCAGUCCCAAUUCGAGCGCAAGGUGAGCGUGGACCUGAUGAGACCUCGGGCCCCAAGCAAUGGCGACGAGGGCUUGUAUUUCUUCCGCAACUACCAACCUCACAAGGUCGUCGUGCGAUGGAUGCGUCUGAUCGAGGCAAUGUUUCCCUCCUUUGUGCGGUUCACUACCAUUGGGCAGACAUACGAAGGUCGCGAAAUCCCGGCGCUGGUGGUUGGUCCUGGCCUCAGCGACCAAGGGCAGCCUCGCAAGACACUGGUCAUUAUGGGAGGCUCCCACGCUCGUGAAUGGAUCUCCACAACGACGGUCAACUAUCUUGCCUGGGCUCUCAUCACUAGCUACGGCAAGGACCCGCUAGUCACCAAGUUCCUGAAUAAGUUCGAUGUUGUCUUCAUCCCUGAGCUCAACCCGGACGGAAUUGAGUACACGUGGAGCGCCGACAGACUGUGGAGGAAGUCCCGCCAACACACGAGCCUGCAAUUCUGCCGCGGGCUGGACCUUGACCAUGCAUUUGGAUACCAGUGGGACGGGUCCGGGGUGCACCAGAACGACCCCUGUUCAGAGAGUUACGGCGGUGAUGAACCAUGGGAAUCAGUUGAAGUCUCAGCUCUGCGCGACUGGGCGAGGAUUCAAGUCGAAGCCAACAAUGUCGACUUCGUCGGCCUGGUGGAUCUGCAUUCUUACUCCCAGCAAAUCUUGUUCCCCUAUGCUUAUACCUGCGGCGUCGAGCCGCCCAAUAUAGAGAAGAUGGAGGAGCUCGCUUUGGGGCUGGCGAAGUCCAUCAGGUUGUUCUCUGGCGAGAGCUACUCCGUCAAACCGGCCUGCAGGGGCGCUGUCACGGACUCGAAUACGGAAAAAGCCCUCAGGAUCGAGCCUACCGGGGGCUCCGCCAUUGACUGGUUCUACCACGAACUGGGAGCUCAUUAUAGUUACCAGAUUAAGCUACGGGAUACUGGCAGCUAUGGCUUCCUGCUGCCGAGUGACCAAAUCAUUCCAACGGGGGAGGAGAUACUGCAAUCAAUUAAGUACCUUGGAGAUUUCCUACUCGGCAACGAUGGCAUCGAGAACUUGCAGGCCCGUCCCGAAGAAGCUGCCGAGCCCGACGAGGAGUUGCUUGCUAUCUCAGAAGAGUACGACGACAUUAUGGAGCUGAAGAAGCGGCGCCGGAAGAGGUAG